GGGGAAGCCGCAGCUAGGAGUCAGAUUGAUUUGAGGGGUCGCUUUCUUCAAUAUAACCUUCCCAGGGCCCCAGUUUGAAAGAUUCAGGUCUACUGGGGUGGAGGUGGGGGAGCUGCCCAGGCCCUACAGCUAGGACCGAGUAGGACCCUCAUCUCUUUUGUCCUGACUGCCCCACUCCUGGCUUGCCCUUAGAAGGGUCUGGAGAACCGAGUGAAGGGAUGUGAAGUCUAAACCUCUCUUGAGUCAGCCCUCCCACCCACAGAGGCCAGACUCUAAUCCGAUUUAAAUCUCCCCUUCCUCUUCCAAACCUCUGAUUCCUCCUCUCUCUGGGAUGGGGGAGGACCCAGACCACCCCACUAUUGGCUUCCAGCUUCCUGGAGGGGGUAGCCCCUGCAACCCCUCCCCUAGUUCUCCCUGGAAUGAAGUCACGGGGCAGUUUGCCAGGGGUUAGACAGCGGCUGGGAGUGGGGCCUUGUGUUUGGGUGUUGAUGCGCUGGUGACUGACUAUUGAUGUUCGAUGGACAAGGGCACAAGAGCAGCUGUGUCCCCCACCGUCUUCUCCCUCAGAUGUCAUGGAGCUGGGUCUGUCUCCACCUCAUCUCAGCAGCUCCCCGGAAGACCUGUACCUGGCCCCUGGGACCCCUCCUGGGACUCCCCCGCCUCCCGAUGUCCCCCUGUCUGGGGAGGUGAAAAGGUCCCAGCCUCUGCCCAUUCCGACCGGCAGGAAACCUCUUCGUGAGGAGGAGCUGCGGUCAACCUCCCUACCCUCCAUCCCCAACCCCUUUCCUGAGCUCUGCAGUCCUCCUUCACAGACCCCCAUUCUUGGGGGGCCCUCCUGUGCAAGGGGGCUGCUCCCUAGAGACACCAGCUGUCCUCACGUCAUAAAGGUGUACAGCGAAGAUGGGGCAUGCCGGUCAGUGGAGGUGGCGGCAGGAGCCACGGCUCGCUACGUGUGCGAUAUGCUGGUGCAGCGAUCUCACUCCCUGAGUGAUGAGAACUGGGGGCUGGUGGAGUGCCACCCCCAUCUAGCACUGGAGCGGGGCUUGGAGGACCAUGAGUCGGUGGUGGAGGUGCAGGCUGCCUGGCCCAUUGGAGGAGACAGCCGCUUCGUCUUCCGGAAAAACUUCGCCAAGUACGAGCUAUUCAAGAGCACCCCGCACUCCCUGUUCCCAGAAAAGAUGGUCUCCAGCUGUCUGGACACACACAUGGGCAUAUCCCACGAAGACCUCAUCCAGAACUUCCUGAAUGCAGGCAGCUUCCCAGAGAUCCAGGGCUUCCUGCAGCUGCGGGGAUCAGGACGCAAGCUUUGGAAACGUUUCUUCUGCUUCCUCCGCCGAUCUGGCCUGUAUUACUCCACCAAGGGCACCUCCAAGGACCCGCGGCACCUGCAGUAUGUAGCAGAUGUGAACGAAUCCAACGUGUAUGUGGUGACUCAGGGCCGCAAGCUCUAUGGGAUGCCCACGGACUUUGGCUUCUGCAUCAAGCCAAAUAAGCUUCGAAAUGGCCACAAGGGGCUUCGCGUCUUCUGCAGUGAGGAUGAGCAGAGCCGCACCUGCUGGUUGGCUGCCUUCCGCCUCUUCAAGUACGGGGUGCAGCUGUAUAAGAAUUAUCAGCAGGCACAGUGCCGCCACCUGCGCCCACCCUGCGUGGGCUCCCCGCCCUUGAGGAGCGUCUCAGACAACACCCUGGUGGCCAUGGACUUCUCCGGCCACGCCGGGCGUGUCAUCGAGAACCCCCGGGAGGCUCUGAGCGCAGCCCUGGAGGAGGCCCAGGCCUGGAGGAAGAAGACGAACCACCGUCUCAGCCUGCCCACCCCAAGCUCAGGCACGAGCCUCAGUGCAGCCAUCCACCGCACCCAACCCUGGUUUCAUGGACGCAUUUCCCGAGAGGAGAGCCAGCGGCUCAUCAGGCAGCAGGGCCUGGUAGACGGUGAUGUGGCCCUGUCUCCUGGCAGCCUCUUCCUGGUCCGAGAGAGUCAGCGGAACCCACAGGGCUUUGUCCUCUCUUUGUGCCACAUGCAGAAAGUCAAACAUUACCUCAUCCUGCCGAGCGAGGAGGAGGGUCGCCUUUACUUCAGCAUGGACGAGGGCCAGACCCGCUUCACCGACCUGCUGCAGCUCGUGGAAUUCCACCAGCUGAACCGCGGCAUCCUGCCGUGCCUGCUGCGCCACUGCUGCACCCGCGUGGCCCUCUGACCGGCACACAGCGGCCUGCGCCU